UUUUUCUAAAUGAGCUUAUAUGUAUUUUUUGUCUUAUGUAUUCUGUAAUUCAGCAGAAGCACACGGAAAAGUAAAUUCUUAUGCUAGAAACUGUUUUGGGUGGUGUCCAGCGACAGGAGAGGAGCAGUGGCCGUAAACGAAAACACAGGAAGUUCCACCUCAACCUGAGGAAGGAUUUCUGUACAUAAAAGGUGGCAGAGCCCAGGAGCAGCUGCCUGGGAAGGGAGUCCCCCUCUGGAGACAUUCCAAACCCUGGGAAGGCAUUACCCGCUCUAGGCCACCUGCCUUGGCUGGGGGUUUGCCCAGAUCAUCUCUGGAGGUUCCUUCCAGCCUUGCCUGCUCUGUGAUUUUUAUAAUUCCACACUUGGUAUAUUUGUCAGUGAGAUGUUGAAGUACAGAUGCAACUAUUUGUUUAAAAAUAAGAUGUAUUUGGCAACGCCAAGACUAAAAUUCUGAUUAUGUUACUUAUAGGUCUUUAAUAAUAAUUUUUUUUCUUUUGCGUGUUACUUAUUUUAGGAAAUAAGCUUUAAAUAGGAAGCAGUUUGUGUACUUCUUCUUUAAAGUUGGUUUUAACUAGAGAAGUGGAGAGACUAAUACUGUGCAUUUUUGUUGCCUUUUCAGUAAUAUAAUUCCACUUUUCUCUAUUUUUCCUCCUGAGAAAAAAUAGUGUCUUCUGAUAAGAAAUGUAGUCUACUAAACACGGAGUCUAAAACUUGUGUAUUUCUAGGAUGCAUGUGUAAUUUACAGAGUCAAUUUACGAUGAGUUUUGUUUGGGUUUUUUUCACCGUGUGCAAUUUCUUUCCGCUUUCGAUGUCUGUUUCUUUCAGGAAGAAAAUGAAAAUAUUUUCUGAGUCUCACAAAACUGUUUUCGUUGUGGAUCACUGCCCCUACAUGGCAGAAUCAUGCAGGCAGCACGUGGAAUUCGAUAUGUUAGUGAAGAACCGCACCCAGGGCAUCAUUCCUCUGGCACCCAUCUCCAAGUCCCUGUGGACCUGCUCAGUGGAGUCAUCCAUGGAAUACUGUAGAAUAAUGUAUGAUAUUUUCCCUUUCAAGAAACUGGUGAAUUUCAUUGUAAGUGAUUCUGGGGCUCAUGUGUUGAAUUCUUGGACUCAGGAAGAUCAGAACUUGCAGGAGCUGAUGGCGGCACUGGCGGCCGUGGGGCCGCCGAACCCGCGGGCAGACCCCGAGUGCUGCAGCAUCCUGCACGGGCUGGUGGCCGCCGUGGAGGCGCUGUGCAAGAUCACCGAGUACCAGCACGAGGCCCGCACCAUGCUCAUGGAGAACGCCGAGCGCGUCGGCAACCGCGGCCGGAUCAUCUGCAUCACCAACGCCAAGAGUGACAGCCAUGUUCGGAUGCUGGAGGAUUGUGUUCAGGAGACCAUUCAUGAGCACAACAAGCUUGCAGCUAACUCUGACCAUCUAAUGCAGAUUCAGAAAUGUGAACUGGUGUUAAUCCACACGUACCCAGUUGGUGAAGACAGCCUUGUUUCAGAUCGUCCUAAAAAAGAGCUGUCCCCUGUUCUAACCAGUGAAGUGCACAGUGUCCGUGCAGGGAGGCACCUGGCUACAAAACUGAAUCUUUUAGUGCAGCAACACUUUGAUCUGGCUUCAACCACAAUAACUAACAUCCCUAUGAAGCCCACAUUCAAUGUCUGUGAUCAGGAAGAACAACAUGCUAACACAUCAGCCAACUAUGAUGUGGAGCUGCUUCAUCACAAAGAGGCACAUGUGGAUUUUUUAAAGAGUGGUGAUAACCACGUGGGGGGCAAUAGCAGAGAAGGCACAUUUAAAGAAACUGUGACACUGAAAUGGUGCACUCCUCGAACCAACAGCGUGGAACUGCACUAUUGCACCGGAGCAUACAGAAUUUCACCAGUAGAUGUAAAUAGCAGACCUUCUUCAUGCCUUACAAACUUUCUCCUUAAUGGUCGCUCAGUGUUGUUGGAGCAGCCACGCAAGUCUGGCUCAAAAGUCAUCAGCCACAUGCUCAGCAGCCACGGGGGAGAGAUUUUCUUGCACGUGUUGAGCAGCUCCCGCUCAAUCCUGGAAGAUCCCCCCUCGAUUAGCGAGGGCUGCGGUGGGAGGGUCACUGACUACAGGAUCACAGAUUUUGGUGAAUUUAUGAGGGAAAACCGAUUAACUCCUUUUCUAGAGCCCAGAUAUAAGAUGGAUGGAAGUCUUGAAAUUCCAUUGGAACGUGCAAAAGAUCAGUUAGAGAAACAUACUCGUUACUGGCCUAUGAUUAUUUCUCAGACCACCAUCUUCAACAUGCAAGCUGUAGUGCCAUUAGCCAGUGUGAUUGUAAAGGAAACAAUGACUGAUGAGGAUGUGCUGAAUUGUCAAAAAACAAUAUACAAUUUGGUAGACAUGGAGAGGAAGAACGAUCCACUGCCAAUUUCAACAGUUGGUACCAGAGGAAAGGGGCCAAAAAGGGAUGAGCAGUACCGCAUCAUGUGGAACGAGCUGGAGACCCUGGUGCGAGCGCACAUCAACAACUCUGACAAACACCAGCGCGUCCUGGAGUGCCUCAUGGCCUGCAGGAGCAAACCCCCCGAGGAGGAGGAGCGCAAGAAACGGGGCAGGAAGAGAGAAGACAAAGAGGACAAAUCAGAGAAGCUGGGCAAAGACUAUGAAUCAGAUAAGCCAUGGCAGGAUUCAGAGAGGUUAAAAGGUCUUUUGGAUCGGGAGAAAGAAGAACUGGCAGAAGCUGAAGUUAUCAAAGACUCCCCUGAUUCUCCUGAGCCCCCCAACAAAAAACCUCUCAUUACAAUGGAUGAGAUGCCCACAGUUGAAAAGGCAAAAGGGCCAAUGUCCUUGCUGUCUAUAUGGAGCAACAGAAUUAAUACUGCCAACUCUAGGAAACACCAGGAAUUUAUUGGCCGGUUGAACUCUGUCAACAACAAAGCUGAGCUGUAUCAACAUCUGAAAGAAGAAAAUGGAAUGGAAACAACAGAAAAUGGAAAAGCAGGCCGGCAGUGAGAAUUAAUUCUGUUUCUUGGGACAAAACCUGGCCAAAAUGCAAAACUAUUUAAUGCUGGAAUUGCUCUUGGUACUGUUUCAUUACAAUUGUAUAGCUGUGGUUUGAUUGGUUUUUACAUUUUUCUAGACCUAUUUUUGCUAUGAAGUAUGAAACCUGCGUAUCACGUUAAACCAGCUGUGUGCAAAUAGGAGCUGUCCUGAAGCGUUUUCCAGUCGUGCUUUAGGAUGAAGAAAACCUCUGCUGCCAUGGAGUAAAUCAAGUAAUCAAAAAUGUUAGUCACCUUAAAGUCCUUGCCCAGAAGUAUUGGAUACUAUUUCAAAAUCAGUGAUGACUGUCUUAAAAAAAAAGAAAAAUGGAAGUAAUUUACAGUAAGCUGAUAACAUCCUUAAUUUUGGUCCAUGAACAUCUUUUAUUUAUAUGAGGAUUCCUCAGGAGUUCAUAGCUAUGGAAAAGACCACACACCCAGACACUGAGCUGAGAGAGUGCCAGUCUUGGUUUUCAUCUGAGGGGUGGGAGGGUGAGGGGUUUUACAGAAAUAGAAAUUGUUGGUUUAAAGACUUUUAAAAAUGGAAUGGAAAUGGUCUUUAGAAAGCAAAGCCUUUCAAGUUGUUGUGUUGGAGUUAAGGCUUUGUAAGCAAAAGUACAAUAAAAUUUUUUGCUAAUAAUUA